AUGUCCGAUAGCGAGUCUUUCUCCGAGCGUGAGCCCAACGCGUUCGAUGAGGAGUCAUCGGAAAGUCUCUUUGACUCCGAUGUUGAAGCGGCAGGGCCUGAUGCCGAGGAUGGAAGUGAUACCGAUGUCGAGAUACUCGGUGAAGGGCCCAGCUCCGUCCCUAUACAUGGCAUCGGAAAGGGGCUAAUGACCGCUCCGGUACCGUUGUCUAUUGUCUAUAGCGACGGCCGCCAUGUGGGUCUUGGCGCCCCUGAGGAGGCGAGCGGUAGUCACCAACCAGAGGCCUCCACUUCCGGCCGUGGUGAGUCCGCUGCCGAACCAUCCACCGACCGAGGGUUCGGUAGUCUACCCCAGCAAUCCUAG